UGGCAACGCUACAAAUCGUUUAGUUUCCUCCGAUUGUCGCUGUGGUGUGGUCUGCGCGUCUGUCUCUGCGUGAAUUAUUUGUUCGUUUUUAAAGUAUUUCGGUUGAAGGAAUGGCGCUGACGAAUCCAACAAACAGAAAAGUUUGCUAUUAUUAUGAUUCUGAUGUUGGAAACUACUACUAUGGCCAGGGUCAUCCAAUGAAACCACACCGAAUACGCAUGACCCACAAUCUACUUUUAAACUAUGGACUGUAUCGAAAAAUGGAAAUUUUUCGACCACAUAAAUGCAACAGCGAUGAGAUGACAAAAUACCACAGUGAUGAUUACAUAAAAUUUCUGCGCAGCAUAAGACCUGACAACAUGUCUGAAUAUACAAAACAAAUGCAGAGAUUUAAUGUCGGAGAAGAUUGUCCAGUUUUCGAUGGACUUUAUGAAUUUUGUCAGUUAUCUGGUGGUGGAUCAAUUGCUGGAGCUGUCAAAAUUAACAAGCAGCAAACUGAUAUUGCAAUCAACUGGGGAGGUGGACUUCAUCAUGCUAAAAAAUCAGAAGCUUCUGGUUUUUGUUAUGUUAACGAUAUUGUGCUUGCUAUAUUAGAACUUCUAAAGUAUCAUCAACGUGUUUUAUACAUUGAUAUUGAUAUUCAUCAUGGUGAUGGUGUGGAAGAAGCCUUUUAUACAACUGAUAGAGUUAUGACAGUUUCAUUCCAUAAGUAUGGUGAAUACUUUCCAGGCACAGGCGAUCUCAGGGAUAUUGGUGCAGGCAAAGGCAAAUACUAUGCACUCAAUUUUCCAUUGAGAGAUGGAAUGGAUGAUGGUGCUUAUGAAGAAAUAUUCCAACCGGUUGUCACAAAGGUAAUGGAAUAUUAUCAACCAAGUGCAGUUGUGUUACAAUGUGGUGCAGAUUCAUUAACAGGGGAUAGAUUGGGAUGCUUCAAUCUCACUGUAAAAGGUCAUGCCAAAUGCCUCGAAUAUAUGAAAAAGUUCAAUGUGCCCAUCCUCAUGCUUGGCGGAGGUGGAUACACAAUAAGGAAUGUUGCCAGAUGUUGGACUUAUGAAACUGCUGUAGCUUUAUCACAAGAAAUUCCCAAUGAAUUGCCAUACAAUGACUAUUUUGAAUACUUUGGACCAGAUUUUAAGUUACACAUUAGUCCAAGCAACAUGACAAAUCAAAAUACUCAAGAAUAUUUGCAUAAAAUUCGUCAGAGGUUAUUUGAAAAUUUACGAAUGUUACCUCACGCUCCGGGUGUACAAAUGUCAGAAAUUCCACCCGAUGGUGUACCAGAAGAAAGCGAUGACGAAGAAACUGAAGACCCCAAUAAGAGAAUUUCAAUGCGGGCUUCAGACAAAAGAAUACAGAGAGAUGAUGAAUUUUCGGAUUCUGAAGAUGAAGGAGAGGGUGGACGAAAAAAUGAAGAAAUUUACAAGAAAAAAAGGAAGUUAGAAAAUGACAUGAAGAUCACAGAUGUGAAAAGAACUAUAGAUGCUAAAUCUGUGGAAGCGAAAACGAAUGCGGAAAAUGUGAAACCGGAUGCGGAUGACAACAAAAAAUCUAGUGAAACUGUUGCUACAGAAGCAAUGGAUACAUCGGAUUCUGUCACCAACAAUAAAGAAAACACAUCUGCCGCCACAACAGAAGAGGACAAAAGUAAGACAUCUCAAUCAAUCUCAUCAACUAAAGAAGCGGAGAAUGGACAGGCUGGUAAUCAAGCACAAGACAGUAAAGAAGCUAAUACAGAAAGAUCAAGCGGAGGUUCCACGGCAGGCAAUGAGAAAAACACUGUCGAAAAGAUGGAAAUGUGAAUUUGCACUUCAAGAAAGAAUGUUUCUUAACUUUUUUUAGUCAAAAUACGAUAGAAGGGCAUGUGAUCCAGGGCCUUUAUUCACAAACUUGCAAAGCAAGAUCAUUUUUGUAUUAUUGGCCAGGAAUGUUCGCAUAAUAUAAAGCCUGGGCCUUCUUAAAAUCAUACAAUUUUUUAGCAAAUUAUGAGACAAUUUUUUAACUGCUUGAACUUUGGUUCUAUCUACAACUGCAGAGUGAAUUAUAUGGUUGGCAAUCAUUUUGUUAGGUUGUGUGAGACAUCUCGUAUUCAUAGUUUUCAGGAGUAGGUGAAAACUCUUUUGGCAUUAACUAAUUUUGUGAUGGCGAUUUAUAUACAUAACCUUUUUGUACUCAUCGACUGAAAUACAGUGCAUCUGAUAAGAAUAUA